GGAAUUCAAGAGCAGAUGUUUAUGUUAGCACACAAAUAAUUUGCAUAUCAUUAAAUAAAUUGUAAACAAUCCAUAAUUUGUGGUUUUGCAUACUUUUUACACACUUGUCUAGUUACAAAUUUCUCUAUGUUGGUUUUAGUUAUUGAUCAUGACAUUUUUAAAAAGAGAAAAAAUGUACUGGACUAGGCAGAAGACCUACCAGAAGAGGCAUGGGGAUUCCAUUCCAUGCCCAUUGAAUGGAGAGGCAUGUGAGAAUAUUACUCAAGAUCAAUGCAGGGGACAUCCUUUCCACUGUAACCUUUUUUUUUUGCCAUCAGGGCCAAUGAAAAACCAUUUGGAAACACUUCUAAAGAUGAAAACAUUUAAGAACACCUCUCCCACAGUCUACACCAACUGGCUCAUUAUUAUAUCUUAAUACCAUAGACUUAGACCCACAAGAGAUCAUCUUGACUAACAUAUCCCUCCUUUUUGUUUCCUUUAUGAGGAAGUGAGAGUCUCAAAAGUUAAAGGACUUACCCUAGCCUAUACAAUAGAGCAGUCAAAAAUCAGAAUCAAGAUUUUUUCUAGUAUUCUUCACAUACUAGUAUUAUGAUAGACUGAAGCUAGUAGAAGAAUAUCCUAUAGAGGAAUACCUAUUGUACUAGGUAUAUUAUUUAUCAGAAGAAAAAUACUAAAUAUGGCAGUGAUAGUGAUAUAUUUUGUUUUUAAUUUGUUGUAGGUGGAUGGGUUUUUAAACUCAUUCUUCACUAAGGUCUCUGGCUUAAAAAAUAAGGAGAAGGUGAGGUACAAACCAUUAUGAACACAAUAUAAAAUCUCUUCAGAAUGUAAAACAUUAGCUUUCUAGGAUGAACAUAUAAGACUUGUGAUUGUAUACCAGAAGUACACCCAGGGAAUUAUCCUAGGUAACUGAGAAGAGGAAAUAAAUAUCUCAGGCCUAGAAGGAAGGGAUGAACUUGAAGCCAUCUAAGGAUUAGGAUGCAGUUGUGAAGUUUUAGGAACCUUUCAGGUGACACAGUGGAUUGAGAGUCAAGGGUUCAAAUUUGGCCUCAGACACUUUUCCAUUGCCUAGACCUUACCAUUCUUUUUUCCCCCCCAACAAUUCUCAGAAUUCAUUCUAAGAAGGAAAAUACGAUUUUUUUUUCUUUAAAGAAAGAAACCUUUUUCAUUCUAACUAGACCUUUUUUCCAGGGACCAUCUAGCUUUCUUUUUAUUAGAUAUAGGUUCCUUUUGAGUUUGUUAUCAUCUCUUAUCAAAACCUCAAUCUAGGCACUAACAAAUGUUACCUUGUUAGGUAAGGAUCUUUGGAUGAGGACCCACUGAAUAAAUAAUAUAGAAAUUCAGGCUAUUUCAAAAGCUUCCAAAUUGCAACAACUCACAUUUUAUAUACAGAUUUAAAUUUAUUUAAAGACAAACUACUCAUUGCAAGUUAAGAUAAAAUUACUCUUCCUCUUUUAUAGGUUAUUAAACAAACUCUGAGUGAUGAGUGACUAGCCCAUACUGAGGAGUGCUAGAAGUCAUAUUCAUGGCUAGGGCUCCUUUCACUAUGCAAAUUUUAAUGUCUUGAGAAUUUAGAAAGUUACUUGGGAAACUGGAAGAGUACUAGAGCAUUAGAUGGAUUAACAUCGUCCUGUCCUGUAGCCCAUGUAGCCAGAAGGAGUCAAUCUACUAUCUCCUGUAAUUCUAGCCACCAUUGUCACUGAUAGCAGACAAUUGCCAUGAUGAAGACAUUAUUGCAAGUAGAGUUAGUCUAUCUUCAAAAGCAAAUUGAAUAGAAGUUUAACAACCAUAAGUAUUAAUAACUUGAGGUUGUCUUCUUACUGUCCCCAUUUUCUUGCAUGAUUUGUGUAAGCUUGUUCAUAUUCUACUUCAUUUGGUAGGUGCUAGGGCCCUUCAUAUUAUGUAUUAUGUCCUCCAGUUACAAAGGUCAAAAGGGAAACCACAGUUGAAGUUGGAAGAGUGGCUAUCACUUGUCAGAGAACCAGUCCAAUGGAAAUGUCAUGGGGAAUACACUAUCUUAUUUUUUCACAUUUAGUACUGAACAUUGAUCUAGUUAAUCCACACCUAUCUGCGGUCUCCCAUAUUGUUUUGUUAUUGUUGUUGUUGUAAGCUUUAUCAUCCUUGACCCUUUUUGUGAUAAAAUAAGGGACAGCUGAUAGUAACAUGGCAACAGCAAAGCCUGUUUUGUUUUGGUGGUGUUUUUUUUUUUAAUGCAGAGACAACAUGAAAUAGAUUGAAUGACUAAAAAUCGUACCUGGAAAUUACAGAGUCCUUGUUACAGUAUUAUAAUUUACAUAAAUUAACUUAUUUCACGUUACAUAAUUAUAAUGUAAUUUAAAUUACAUUGUCAAUGUUGUCAUUUUUGAGUAAAAGUUCCACCAGCUAAAUAUUCCCAACUCACAUAUUAAGUGACUAGUAUUGUUUAGGAGGAAAAUUGCUAACUUUUAUGUGUGAUAAAGUCUACAACCUUAUUAGACUUUGGUGUAGAGACAGAAGAGAACCUUAAGAGUUUGGUUUUGUUCUUUGUAUCAUGCUUAUGGACCCCCGCAUUCCCCCUCCCCCCCCCCCAUCUUAUAAUGUUUAAAAGCUGGAGCAGGAGGAGAGGAAGAAGGAGAUAGAGAACGAAGGGAGACAGGAAAGUAUUUUUAAAGACAUCAAGAUGCUGAGCAGGAUGGGAAAAAAAUUGGGGUAGAGAAAGGGGGGCGGGGGAAUGAGGGGCAGACGGACAGAGAAUUGUAUGGAAUAGGAGGAGAGGGAAAGCCAGAGAUUGGAAAGGAGGUAGAAACGAAUUCUCUAAAAUGAACUUAUCCCUUUCUUAUGAGUGUCUGGAGGCUUCCCUAGGGAUCGGAAUAAAAAGAAGUCGACUGAAUUUCGAGUUUUGAGACAAUCCGGCAUUGGAGUUGUGAAACUUGCUGCUGUUCAGAAGCUUCUCCGGGCUGCUGCUGCUGCUUCUGCAGGUAGUAAACUCUGCUGUGCAGUGAAAGCUUCCAGCUCCCUAUAGAGCCCUGCCCUGGGUACUGAGCAUGCCCAGUGUUUUACCUAGAGUGAAGGCUGAUAAAGAAAAAGCGGAGACAGGAAGAUAAGAAAGGAGUGGGUAGGGGGCGCAGCAGGAGCUUGGAGGAGACCGAAGAGAGACAGAAUGAACCAUUGAGAAAAUUAGUAAACACUUUUUUUUCCCCUUGUACUGUUGUGUACUUGUUGGGAUGAUAGUUUGGUGGAAUAAUUAAUUGUACUCUCAGUGAUUCAUCGUUUUGAGGGAGACUUCAGUUGCCUCAUUCUCCUGAAUACUAUAAAAAUUCUUCCUUGUUUGUCUUCCCUGGCUCUUUAACCACUUUCCCGUUCUGCAAUGAACUUCAGAGAUCUCUUUGAACACGUGAAGGGAGAGGGAUGGAGAGUUUAGGGUAGCCAGGGACUGACCUUUUAGCAGACAAGGAAAAACAAAGGGAAUUAGACAUACGAGUCAAAUUCCCUUCGGAGACUGACUUACACUUAGGUGCUAAUUAUAUUCAUGGGUUAAUGGAGGGUAGCGGUAACUCCUUAAGGGGAGGGGUGGGUGACCGGGAUUGAAGGGGGUCUGUGGUUUGUAGAAGUGCGCGCAUAUUCGAGCCCCAAGGAAGGGGCUAAAGGAAGACGAUGCGGGAACCCAGUUCUUUUAAACUCACGCUUCUCUCUUCCCGGGUACUUUACGAAGCAGUAGCAACUACAGCAGUAGCUGGACCCCAGAGCAGCCACCAGCAGAAAUCUAAAAGCGUCCGUGUUUCUCCAAAAGCUUUGUCUCCUGGUUCGCCACCCGAAUACCCUUUGUAGCCAUCCUGUAAUUUUUCUAGUCCCAAUCACAAGGAUAAUCACAGCAAGUCCUUAUGGGGGAUGAAGGGUUUCUUGGGGGCAAAAACUCCCCAUUAUCCUAUCGCUGACAUGGCCGAGCCCCAACGCGUGGUGGCCGCGCAUUACACUCCAGAAUCUCCAGUCGCCGGCUCCUUGCCCAGAGCCCAGGCACCAGAUGCCAGCGGUGUCCGGGUCGCUCCUGGAAGCAAGUGCCGGGGAGAGAGUCUGGGACAGUGCUCACACCAUCCAGCAGGCUCCGCAACGCAUUCCUCUCCUCCUUCCCUUUCUCAGUCACCCCGUGUCACAGUCCUCUUUCUAGUGAGUCCUCCAAGCGCUCCCUUUCCUUUAGCUUUCAUCUCCCAUCGACUCUUCAUAGACUCCUGGGGGAAAGUGCUGCCAUUGGCCAGGUCGCUUCCGGCAGCCUGUUAGAGAGGAGGAAGGUGGGAGAAGCAGCGAGCAGAAAGGCGGAGGGAGGAAGGGAAGGGAAGGAAAGAAAAGGAAAAGAAGGAGGGAGGGUGAGGGCAGUUCCAUCAGCUCAGGCAAAUUGCAAGAUCUGCCUUCACUCCUCAAAGUGUUGAGAGGAAGGGAUCCCCGGCUGGUGAGCGGUCUGGCAAUCACCAAACUAUCUCGUCCCUUGCUGCCAUCGGAUUUCAUCUCUCUUUCCUCUUCGGCAAAUCGGAACCAUCUCAGGAUAGGCUCCAACCUGACUCCCCCCCCUUCCUCUUCUCCUCCUCCUCCUCCUCCCCUCCCCCGCUCCUUUUGCCUCCUGGCAUAGGAUCUCUGAUUCUACUGCAGCCUGAAUCUUGCAAAUAGCAGGGCUGUUGGUGUGGGGGCUGCCGUCUGCUUGGGAGCCGAGAGCACAGGCAACCAGGGGUCCUGACCUGGGCAAAAGGAAGAAGAAAAACUUGUGGUGGCCGUGGCCAGAGCCUACAGCCAUCCCCUCCUCCGAGACCUCGGACACCCCUCAGGGGUUGCUUCAUUCCAGCGGAGGCAAUAACAAGGUCGGGGAGGGAAAAGUUCCUCCUACUGGUGUUGCCUCGCGUUUGGAGGAGGCGCAGUGGCUUUGCUCCCUCGGAAGUGGGGAUUGUUUUGAAUCCAGCUAGUAGGGGGUGGGGGGCUCCCGGGCACGCAGGGAAGUCAUCAUCCGCAAGCCCAAAGGGAGCUCUACCUAACAGCAAGGAGGACCUUCAGAGCUUAUUCGGAUUUGUCCUGGAACCCGGGACUUAGCAACGCACUUUGCAGCCCAAGCUACGAAAGAUUUCAUCCCUCCCAGUCCUACCUUGGUUUUGGACUGAAAUCUGCUUGGCCGGGCAACCUAGGAAGAGCGCUGAAGUGACACUGGGAGCAUUGCGCUGCCCCCUCCCCAUCUCCUCCCAUUUCUCCUCCUCCCCCCAUUUUCCUUUUCUCUCCAGGGUACAUGAAAUCAGAUCCAAAUAAAAAGGCGACUUAAUCCCGCGGUGAUUGUGGUCUGCAGUACUCUUGCUUCCUUGCCCCCUUCUUCCCACCCCUCCUUCCUCAACUCUGCAGCCCAAAGGAAGAAGCUCUGGAAGAAUAAAUUAGGGGGGGAGGGCUAAGGGGGAGGUAUCCGCGUUAUGGCGAGGUUAAGGAAAGCCGAGCUGGCCACAGCUGGAGUUGUAUUACUUUGCCACUUUUUAAUGGACCGGUUUCGGUAUGCGGAAGGGGAGACCGUAAAUCAAACCAAUGAAUCCAGAGCUUCUUUCAAGGUGCUAACCCCUGGGGAAAUCUCUUAUGAUUUGCUUCAUGAAACUGUCAGUGGUUUUUCUCAUGGAGAAGAUGAGGUAGACAUAGACUCACAUGCCUACAGCCACAGGUGGAAAAGAGACUCUGAGCCACUAAAGCCAACUGACACCAAUCGAGCAAGUGUGGGUCAAGAUUCUUCAGAACCCAGAGGUCUCACUGAUCUGCUCCUUGAUGACGGACAUGACAACAACACACAGAUUGAGGAGGAUACAGAUCAUAAUUACUAUAUUUCCAGGAUAUAUGGGCCAUUUGACUCUGCCAGCAGGGAUUUGUGGGUGAACAUGGACCAAAAGGAAAAAGACAAAGUGAAGAUUCAUGGGAUUUUGUCCAAUACCCAUCGGCAAGCUGCAAGAGUGAAUCUGUCCUUCGAUUUUCCAUUUUAUGGACAUUUUCUACGUGAAAUCACAGUAGCAACUGGGGGUUUCAUAUAUACAGGAGAAAUUGUACACCGAAUGCUAACAGCCACACAGUACAUAGCCCCUUUAAUGGCAAAUUUUGACCCUAGUGUAUCCAGAAAUUCAACCAUCAGAUAUUUUGAUAAUGGUACAGCACUUGUUGUCCAGUGGGACCAUGUACAUCUCCAGGAUAAUUACAACCUAGGCAGUUUCACUUUCCAGGCUACCCUCCUCAACGAUGGGCGGAUCAUCUUUGGAUACAAAGAAAUUCCUGUGUUGGUGACCCAGAUAAGUACAACCAAUCAUCCAGUCAAAGUGGGAUUGUCUGAUGCAUUUGUAGUUGUCCACAGGAUCCAACAGAUUCCCAAUGUUCGAAGGAGAACAAUUUAUGAAUACCACCGAGUAGAGCUCCAGAUGGGGAAGAUUACCAAUGUUUCAGCUGUGGAGAUGACCCCACUACCUACUUGCCUCCAGUUUAAUAGUUGUGGAUCUUGUGUCUCUUCUCAGAUUGGGUUCAACUGCAGCUGGUGUAGCAAACUCCAAAGAUGCUCCAGUGGAUUUGAUCGACACCGGCAAGACUGGGUAGACAGUGGUUGCCCUGAAGAGUCCAAAGAGAAGAUGUGUGACAGCACAGAGCCAGGUGAAACAUCUUCCCAGACAACCACAACCCUACAUUCCACAACUACACAAUUCAGGGUUUUAACUACUACGAGAAGAACAACUGCCCCACAGCUACCAACCAGCCUACCGACAGAAGAUGAUACCAAGAUAGCUCUACAUUUAAGAGAUAAUGGAGCCUCUACUGAUGACAGUGCAGCUGAAAAAAAAGAAGGAGCUCUUCAUGCUGGUCUAAUCGUUGGAAUCCUCAUCCUCGUCCUCAUUAUAGCAACAGCCAUCCUCGUGACAGUCUACAUGUACAACCAUCCAACAUCAGCAGCCAGCAUAUUCUUCAUUGAGCGACGUCCCAGCAGAUGGCCAGCAAUGAAGUUUCGAAGAGGCUCGGGACACCCUGCAUAUGCUGAAGUCGAACCUGUUGGAGAAAAAGAAGGUUUUAUUGUGUCAGAGCAGUGUUAAAAUUUAUAGGACUGAACACCAGUACUGGCUUACAGGUGUAAGACUUUAACUUUGCCUAUAUCUUUAAAAAAAUUUUAAAAACAAAACAAAACAACAAAAAAAAAGAAAAAAUAAUAAAGGAGCCCUAAGCUGCUGUAGCCUGAACAAGAGACGAUUUCCGGAUCAGCCUUGCCCAAGAAAACUGGGGAAGGAAAUUUGCAAAAACACAAGAUUGUUCUGUGCAGUCAUUUUCUUUAAUGGAAUGACGUUACAGCUUCCCCAGUGGACUGGUCAGGACUCUAACAUGACUGCCAUGCGGUUGGCUUAGGUGUUGGGUCGCGUAGGAAUCAAGGGAAGAAAUAAAGCUUUAGUUCACAAGGGUUCUAUCCCCUUUGAUUCAUGUUUUCUGGGGCCUCAAGGGUAAUAGGUAUUACAAAUUGGCAACAUUUUUCAUGGAAAAGCCAAUAAUUCAUAUUUUAUGAUGGUAGAACAAAAACCAAUUCGUGCAGGUCAGAGAGUGAUGAUAUGCAAAACAAGCAUUUUCCAAUCUUUUCAGAAAUGAAAAAUGGAGAUAGAGUUUUGGUUUUAAAGUUCCACUUUCACCAGUUCAAACAAGUUCCUGACUUUAAAAUGUGAAUCAUUUUCUCAAGAGAAAGAUUAAAUUGUGCCUCCUACUUUCUAGGAGAUACAUAUCCUCUCCAUCCAUAGGUUGUGAAGACAUCACAAAGUUUUAGGUGAACCUUUGGCAGAUGAACUCCCGAAGGUCUCUUUGAUGAGGUGCACCUUCAGUUUCAGAAUGUCAAAUUUGAUUUUUUUUUUUUGAGAAGUAUUGCCUGCAUGGUCUACCUGUGGAGUGAAAUGAAGGUAACAGAUGGUCUUGUCUGAUAGAAAGGGAAGGAAACACGCAGAGUUUCUCAGGCAUUUUGUGAAGCAAAACUAUGGAGGGGAUUUCAAACAAAUAGGUGUGGGCUUGGGUUUUUUGUUGUUACUGUUGUUCGUUUUGGCCGGGUCAGCACAAAUGACCUGUUUCAUUGUUGAUUCUUGCCUAAGAAGCCAUUCAAUUUCCAGCACACAUCCCCAGAGAUUUAAAAAAAAAAAAGGAAAAUGUUUCAGAACCCUGCUGAUUCAUACAGUAAUUUUGUUUAAAGCACAUAGUAGUUGCAUAAAUAUAAAUAUAUAUAUAUAAAUAUAUUUUUGUUUAUAGCUAACACAAGGCAGGCUCUUGUGACUGUUAAGACUGCAUUUUGUCAUCUGGACAAAGAAAAUGGAUCGCAUUACUGCAUACUUCCAUUGAGUUGUAAAAUAAUCCUUAAUAUUAGAAUAUUUUUAUGUCCCAUGGGGAAAGUGGUUCAUCCUAUUGCAGUGCCAUAUGUUUUCCUGCCUACGUGAGCCACUCUUCCACUUACAUCAACCUUUUCCUUCCCAGAUUAGGUUAAAAUACAUUAAAAGCUCCUUAAACGAGGCCGCCAGUUGUACUGGCCAGGUUGAACUAACCACAAUCCAGAUUUUUUAAACAUCCCCACUGGAAAAGGAAUUUUAAACAUUCUUUGAGGAGGAAAAGGGUUCAUAAACACUGAACUUCUAAAAUUGAAAUUCAAGUACUGUGUGUAUAAUGACAUUGCCAUCUUGACUUAUCAACCCCUUGCAUUUUGUACAAAGUGAUUCCUGUUAAGGUACGGUGUUCAACAUUUGCAGGUUCAGGUCUCAAGUAGCAUGCAUAUAUAUUGUAAGUAGCACCUUACUAACAUUUUAGAAUGUAUAGACAGUUUCUGAAUCCAAUGACUGCAAUCCACUAAUAAAUCAUGAUUCUCCUCAAUAACUGUCUUCAUGAAGUAAACCAGUACUGUUUUGUUUUGUUUUUGUAUAGCACAGUUUGCUUUUUAAAGGAAAAAAAAGUUAUCCAACAUGGCAUUUAACCUUUUUCAUAAGUUAUGUAACAGUCAUCUAAAAGAAUUGAGAAGCAAGUUAAAGUGAAGGUUGAAUGGAGCACCUUACAGCCUUCUCCUUUUGUAUGAACUGUUCCAACACAUCCCUUGUAGGGUUGCUUUAGUUAUGUAGCAAUAACCAAAUGACUUGCCAAUUUAACUGGUGCAACUGGUACGUUAAGAAUAUUUAAGGAUCAUUAGACAACCUCCUUCUGGGACGAGAUGCUGUUCUCUGGUUGGUUUUGUUUUGUUUUGUUCUUUUUAAUAGUAAAUUUAUUUUCCAAUAAGCAGUAAUUGACAAAUAAGCAUAUUAAGCCUAUCUAUAGGUGUGAUUUCUUGCAUGGUAAUGUAGGAAACAGAAGUUAUUCCAAAGCCCUUCAUAGAUUAUCAUCCUCUAUAUGUAUCCUAAGGAUAGAUAAUUCUGUGGAAUUUUUCCAUGACUAUGAGUUACUCAAUUUGCCUAAAUAUGAAACAUUCAAGACAACUGCAAAAAAAAAAAAAAGAACACGUCAGAAUUAAGAGGGGGCUAUAGGAAAAAGAUCCUCCUCAAUUCAGGUCAAAGAUUCAUUAUAAUUGCCUUAACUGCCAUCUUUCCUUUUCCAUGCAAUUUGCUUUCUAUUCUAUACCUAGAAUCUCCUGCACGACAAAGGGAAAAUUCCCUGAUAUCUUGUAGUACAAAAUGAAAAUUGGACUUCCUAUAUAGAGAAUGUGAAUGGGUUAAUACAUAUUGGACUGUGGCACACGCUUAAUAGCUAUAUAAAUUACAAUGAAAUAAAACAAAAGAUCAAAAAAAAAAGAAAGAAAGAAACACCAACAGAGGAAAUUAAAUUAAAAUGCUCUUUGGUUGUCCUCUUCGAGUGUAUUAUAAGAGUGGUUGCCUUGGUGGUUCUCAAAUAGGAUGAGGGGCUAAUGAGCCUGGCAUACUAAUAUGACUUUUGACAUCAGGGCUUCUCAGGUUGAUGUUGAGUAACUGUUACUGGACUGCUGUAGAGUCAGACGCAAAUUAUCUAAAGUCUUUGGACCUCCUGCCUCAUAAGGAAGAUGGAGAUCAUGAUAUCACCUUAAUUCAUUUACAUUAGGAAAGAGAAAUGUGGGAAACUUCAAAGUUAGAUACUAAAUAGGAAAAAUACAGAAAGUUUAGGACCUAUAAAGAUGUUUCUCAUCCCUUUUUCUAUUUGAAUAAAUGAAGUACUGCAGGUAAAUCUCAUAGCUAUUUCCUCUGACCAGCAAGACUCAGUGUCAAAUCAGACUGACUUACCUAUAAGACAGACAAUGCUUCCUUCCUAUGGGAUAUUAAUUUAAUUGCAUAAUCUUUACAGGGAUGUUGACCUAAACAUAGUGUAUUAGCUCUAUAUAAUUUAAGAUUUUAUAUUUUUCAUCAAUUCCCUCAUUUUACCUCUGAGUCAGCUAAGGUGCCGAAGAGGAAAACACUCUCCCAUAACACUCUCCUAUUGCCAAGACCAGGGCAUUGAUUGUCAUUUUCAUGAGUUUUUACCAUCUAACAAUUUGAUCUGAAGCAGUUAAGAGUAAACCAAUUGUUUCAUUAGGGAGAUAGUUUGUCUGAAAGUCUACUUCAUUUUGCAGCCUUCUAUUCUUUGUUAUAUCAUGCAGCAUAUCUCUCUCACCAUGAGAUGGUAUGAUAUUUAUAUUUUAAGCCAGUCUACUUAACAAUGAAAUCAGGUAUUAACUGACUUGUUUCUUUUUUAUCUCUUCAACAUUGCUAAUGACCUAAAUUUCCUUAGGAUCUGAGAAUGUUAAUCCUUUUAUCCAAAGGUCAUCAACAGUUUCUUAAGGAGAUCAAGUUGAGUUUUUUUAAUGAUUAUUCUUUUUUUACUCUUAUCUCUGUCCCAUCCAUAGAUAUGUCUUGAACAGAUAAUGCAAUUGUUUAGUGAAAUAGCCCCACAAAAUUAAAGUAGAAUAAUUAAUUAGUUUCAUUACAUUUUGGAAUUUUGGAAAUUAAUUACUUUAAACUUUAAUUUAAAAUAAAAGUCCAUCUUUUUAACAUUGAUAUCCAGAUGGUUAUUAUUAAAAUGUAGAAAAGAAGGGAAAAGUCUGCAAAAGGCAAGAGACUUGCUUUUGAGAUCCAGGUGGCCUCUUGCCUUUUGUAGACUUUUCCCUUCUUUUCUAUAUUCUAAUACUAUGACAUAUACCUGUAAAUCACAGAAUUACUAAGACUCUGAAGGAUUGAACUUAUGGGUUACCCAAUGGGUAAAGGUAGGAUUUUUAAUGGACUUUGGUAGACUGUAAUAAAAACACCAAUGAAAAAUUGCAUAGCAGUGAACAUAAAAGAUAACAGAAAAAGUCCUCUGGUAUUAUGAGUUGGCCUCUAUGCAAAAAUUAAUGGCAAGACAUGGACAAGAGUUACAAAAUAUGUAAAGGCAUGAAUUAAUUGUGACCAAAAAUUUCAAAAGGAAAGAAUCAACAAAUUUAUCCAGCUCUCUGAGGAUCCUCUAAAAGAAGUUAUAGAGUGAGCAUUUAGAUAUUUUAGUAUUAAAAAGAGCACUAUUGGUGACAUAAUUUACUACAAAACCUAUUUCUUUGUACUUUUCUGUAGCAUGGUUUUAUUUAGAGAUCUAAAAAUUGUCUAGGAGGAAUAUAAUGAAAAAUACAGAGAUAAUCCUAAAAAUGAAUUGAUUGGGUUUUCCAUUCUAAAAAAAGACAGAUAAGCUUCUUUUGGUAAAGGGACUUUACCAAAAAAAAAAAAGCUUCUAUAAUGGUCAGAAUAAUGACUGGGGAAUUGUUAAGAUAUGGUUUUUAGGCUUAGUUUGGUUACUGACUAAAUGUGUGAUCUUAGGUAUUUCUUGAUCCUUCCCACUUUAGUUUCUUAAUCUGUAAGACAGAGACCCUGCCUUCCUCUGUAGUUAGUGAUACAGGGGAAAGAAUACUGAGUCUGGAGUUGGAGGGCCUAUGAUCUCAUUUGGGGUUUUUUUAGCAAAGUAUUGGAGUAGGUUUUUUUCAUUUCCUACUCUAGAUCACUUGACAGAUUAGGAAACUGACUUAAAUAGUUAAGGAAAAACCAGGGUCACAUACCUAGCAAAUGACUGAGGUCAGAUUUAAAUUCAAGAAGAUGAGUUGUCCUCAUUCCAGGGCAGACAGUCUAUCCAUUUUCCACUAAUUGACUCUCAAUCACCCUUUUUAUUCCCACUACAUCACAUAUUUUCCUUUUAUUAAUGAUAUGUACUAUUUUGUUUCACAGUUGCUAGACAAAGCAUAAGACUACAGUUUAUUUGAAUCUUGUUCUUCCCUGAGAGAGAUCAUUGUUUUGCUUUUUUUCUACCAGUAUUUCUCUUAGGGUUUCUCAAAUUUUAUGAGCUUUAGGUUUCUUAAAAUAUUCCAGAAGCAAAGCAGUUUUGGUAGUUUUUAGGAAUGCAAAUUGUACUCUGAAGGUCAAUAAAAAUAACUAGAAAGCCAAAUAAUAACACUUUUAGGUUGACAGGUCCUCUCUCCUUCAUUUUCAAUUAUACUCUUAAUCCAUCCCUUUCACUGGUGCAGUGUUUGUAAGAGUCAAGGUAUUCAUUUGUCAUGUACCACUAAGGUCAAUUGCUUACAAUAGUCAUUUUGCAAAAUUGUGAAAGCUCCUUUGACAAGCAGGAUCCUACAUGGCCUCUUCUUUCCCUCCAGCUUUUGAAGGCAUAUCCUCCUGGCUUUGACUAUUGUCUUUUAGAGGAGGUAGGGAGGUCUUCUUUUAUAGGUCUUUUUUUAAUGAUGGAUGAACCUUACUAAGAGGAUGAUGAAGUAAAUGAAUCCAUAUAGGCACUCUAUGUUGUUAAAGUAGUGGCUAACCUAAACAUAGGCACUCCUCAUUAUGUAGAUUUAUUCACUUUGUCAGAGAACUUUUCAUAUUUCUUCCUCAUGGCCAUUUAUAUACUGCGCCCAUUGAUACUCUUGUCACCACCCUCCAUCAUCAUCCUGACCUUGUAAUCUGAGUUACAUUUGGAACACCCUUUUUGCUUGAACUUUGGCUAUAUUCUACAGUGGAACAAAGGCACCACAAAAGAGGUACUUCAAAUAUCUCCUUCCAAACAUUCCUUUUGUUUCAUGGAAGAAUUUCUCUGGGUUGGUUGAUCUGUAGACAUUCAGAAAAGAGAUAGCUGACUGUGGCUUAAGAUUGACCUUUUCCAGAAGGAAGUGACUUCACUUAUCUUGCCCAUCUGCAUUUCCACUGACCCUAAGGAUUAAAAUGUUCAAGGCUGUCAUGUCUUAAUCUAUCCCCCAACUCUGUUUUAUCUUACUAUCAUUCAUUAUGAUGAUUCUUAACUAGAAUGGACAUGAAACCAAAUCUAUUAAAUAUGUUAAAAUGGGCCUUUAGAAUUGUGAAAAAAAAGAUAAAUAUUUACAUGUGAUACUAAAUAAUAUCACAUCCAAGUCCACAUUGAGACAUUUAAUCCUACUGUCUCUUAGCCUUAGCUAAAAAAAUUAAAUAGAAAUAAAGAAUUCCCUGAGUCUCAUUUGUGAAAUCCAUCAUUCAUCUGUUUUCCCAAAUAUCUAGAAUUAUUGAGUGGAAAAUGAUCUUUAAAAUCAAUGGAAUAAUACAUAAAAAAUAUCUUAACAAAGAAUAAUAUAUUCAUUUUGACUAAUUUUGGCUUAGGAAAGAAUAUUUGAACUAUCCCUUCCCUUUCUUUGCAGCAAACUUUUAAAAAAUGGUGCCCUCAACUUAGUGUUAUUAUAUUUGCAAUGAAUAAAUCAAUAAGCUGUACACUGUGCAAAAUGUUGGGAAUUCAAGACAAUAGUUUUCCAUGACAUACGUGUCAACAAAUAAUUAUGCAACCCAUAUUUAUAAUAAUAUUUUGGUUUACUAUAAUGUUUGAUGGUCUUCUUGAUCCUUAAACUAAUCCCAUUAAGUAGGUACUAUUAUUAUUCUCAUUCUCUAGAUGAGAACACUAAGCCCCAUGACCAAAAGAGCACUUAGUAGUAAUUUUCUGAGGCAAGAUUCAAAUUCAUGUCUUCCUGAUUCAAAGUCCACCAUUUUAUACCCAUUUUGACACCUAACUUUUACUGUAUUAAAAUUUUAGCUAAGUGAUUGGCUCAUCCAGUCCCUUAACUUCCAUUAGAAACAUUGCAACAUCGUCUUUUCUAUUUUAGGGAAAGGGAAUGUAAGUGAAGAACAGGGCAUUAAUAAUAAUUAACUAAACUUCUAAAGCCCUUCUAAUCAAUUUUCCUAAAUUCAGAGAAAUGGAUGAAUGUAGAGCCGGGGCCACAUCAAAGUCUGGACAACUAGUAGGACCUGAAACUCAAAUUGUAAGUGCUGGAAAAUAUCUGUCUAUCCACAGCUCCACACAAUGAGAGAAGAGGUGGAGGGUUGUGCAAUUUGGCCCCAAAUUCAUCUCUGCCUCCAGCAUGGCCCCUAUACAGAUGAUACUCCAGUUUGCUAAACAAUGUAAUUAGGUUAGGUUGAGGCUGAGGGCGAAUCAAGAAUCGAUGCCCCCUCGCCAUCCACCGACUUUAUUAUUUAAUAAGAACAGAUGUGGGUUGUAGAUUUAGGUUUUGUUUUGUUUUUCAUGUCACAAGAAAGGGAAAGCCAGAAAGAUUUUUUUUUUUUUCCUGAAGGGAAAGAUUGUAGAAUCUGGUGGGCCCACAUUUUAAAAGCCUUGACACUGUAGAGACCUUAUAGUGCAUUGCAGUCAUCUCUAUGGAGGGAACUUGUAAGGGGGGAAAAAUCCAAGAUUAAUAUAUUUAUUGCUCAAAAUCAAGUCUUCUCAGGUGCCCUCAUUUUGACAGCACUGAAAAUGCCAUUAGGAAAAAGCAGGUCUUCCCUUGCUAAAAAGCAUUCUAAUCAGUUUAAAGAGUAAUGAAAGCUCUUCAAACAAAGUCAUCUUGUGAAUAAUGGAACAUGGGCACAAGGGGACUGGUUGGGGUGGGAGAGAGCUUUUUUUCACUGUCUUAUAAGGGAAAAAACAACCCUUGCUUGGCUGAAUUGGGCUAGAUGGGGCAGGGGCAUUUGGCUGGUACCUUGGAAAAGUAAGAUUUUCAAGGCAAAAGAAAAAGAAAAGACAGGCUUACUGGCAUGCCCAUUGGUAUCAUGGGAAUAUUUACAGCCAGGAAUUUAUGACUGUUUCUGGUAAUUUUGUCUGUAGGCAUGUGAAGCAUUACAGCAUAAAAAGAGAAAACUUCUGAGCUCCACAGGCUGCCAAUCCUUGCAUACCACUUGUCCUAGGGUAGUGAAUAUUCCUAGUGCAUUUCUAAGUACAACUGCUACCUUUGCUCAAAUCUGAAUGUCAGUCAAUUAAUAUUCAUUAAACACCUACUAAGUGCCAAACACAAUGAGCUCAUUUAUGGCUUCUAAAAGAGAAUAGGAUGGAGGAGGAUGUCUGAUCAGGUAUAGCCUAGUAAAAAGCUUAUCACAAGGAAGAACCCCAGAGAGGGGUUGAUGGAAACAAUUUGACAAUUAUUUUUUUCACUAUCUCUCCAGGCACUGUGUCUCAUCUCAAGGACCUUGUCUUUCAAGAGAAUGUAGGGUUUCACAACACUUAGUAAGAACACACUUGCAGAAAUGGAAAAUUUGGACUUGUACCAGUAUUUUAGACUUCAUUUCCCAUUUUUCAUGCCCUGGAAAUGAAAACAAUUCAUUUAGGGCCACAUUUUUCAGUAACAGAAUUGUGUUGAUUUUGCUUUUCUUGAAUUACCUGAACCUGCAAAUGUAAAAACCAUUGUGUCUGAAUUUGCACUAAUGAUGUUUGAUAGCAAAAGAGGUGUGACUUGCCCAGGAUCCCUCUGCUUAAAUACAAGAAUAUGCAGAUACUACAUAUUUUCUGUAAACUCCUGAUUGUUUUAACUGUAAGAUUAAAUAUCUCUAAGUUUGAAUGUAUUCCAUUAUAAGGUAUUGAUCUGCCACUUAAUUUUUUUUCUGGGAUUUCUGUAUUGUUGCAAUAAUUCAUUAUAUUCUUUCCCCAUAUAGCUUUUUAAAAACUGACUGUAUUUACAUUUUUUAUUUUGGUUUUGCUUACAGUAUGUUGGGAAUGGUUUUUUGGUAGUAAACAUAUAAGAAAGCCAGCACAUAAACUGAGAAGGAAACAGAAUUCAUAUUCAGAGGCCCAAAAACUAGUGAUGAUCAAAUAUUUCUCUUAUUCUCUUUGUUGAUUGUUAUUUUCAGAAUUUAUUCCAUUCUUCACUUUGAGUUGAUGCUGGCAAAUUUGGGUUUUUAGGAGGGGAGAAGGGAGCAAUUUAUGUAACACUACUGUCAAGUUUGACUACAUAUUAAACAAUAAAAGUUUUUGUUUUAAUUUUUUAAACACCUUUAGCUAUGUCUAUCAGAGCUUUUAUUUAGGAUUAAAAUAACUGAUGUUUAUAGAUCAUUUGAAGGUUUAUAAAGUAUCAUCAAAUUCCAUAAUAUUAGAUUAUUGCAUAUCAUCUAAUUUUUCCUUAAAUCAAUUUAGUGAUGUAAUAAGCAUUGUUAAUCACAGCAUUAAUAAAUCUAAGGCUGGAAGGGAUCCCAUUCAACAUAAGGCACUUGUGUGACACCAGAGUAUAUAGAAAGCUGGACCUGUACUCAAGAAGCCAUAAAUUCAAAUUCAACAUCAGAUGCUUCAACUCUGCCUUAGUUUCCUUGACUGUAAAGUGGAUUUAAUAACAGUAUCUUCUUUGCAGAGGUGUUGUGAGGAUCAAAUUAGAGAAUAUUUUAAUAUGCUUAGAGCAGUGCCUGGCACAUUAUAAGUGCUAUAAAAUGAAUUAUUUUUGUUAUUAUUAUUUAUCCAAGUCCAAAUUUUAGAGAUGAAGAAAGAAAAGCCCAGAAAUGCUAAGUAAUUUGCUUGACCAAGGUCAUGAAGGUAGCAAACAUCAGAGGUAGAUUUUGAAUCCACAUUCUCUGGCUCCAUAGCCAGUGCUCAUUACGCUCAUUACAAAUAUUUAACUGGUUUGAUUAAUUAAUAAUUAAUCAAUUAAUUAAUCAAUUAAUACCCCCUUUCAAUAGAUGCCAAAAAUGAAGGUGAGGAAGAUUAAAUGACUUGGAAGUGAAAUUUAAAACCAAGUCUUCCUGAUUCUAAGUUAAUCACUCUCACGCUCCUCAUUCCACUUUGAUGCUUGUUAUGUAUUUAUUUAGGAAUACUACAAAUCAUCGCAUUAAUGUCUCUCUGAAAAUAACAUUUCUGCAUCCAAGUUAUUCAUUUUCAAAGCAUUUAUGUGUCUUUGAAGAAUUGUUAUUGUUGUUUUCAUAAACAAUCCUUCCAACACUUUAUGAUAAAAUUGAUAAUUAAAUAUAAAGGUUUUUUUGCAAAUAAAACUUAUCACUAAUGGUCAGCUGAACAUAGAAUGAGCAGAAGAAAAGCUACAAAGAAUAUGACCCAAAUGUAAAACAGUGAAAUAGGAUAAAAUUGUUCUCAGUUGAAGAGACCUUGCUUAAAUUCACUUUGAUGAUUAGUGCUCUUAAUUUUUGAGCUCCAAAUGAACAACAAACUAAUUUUUAUUUGUUUUUCAGUUUUACUUUUUCCAUUGAUUUUUCUAGUGACAAUUUCCCAAGUUGAAGUCAUUGUAUUGUUUAAGUUGAGCUGUCUCUCUUUUUGCUGCUUAACUUGGAUGAAAAUCUGAGGCAAAUGACAGUCCUUUAUGGCUCUUUCACUCCUCCACCCCUUUUAAUAAAUGGUAAGGAUUAUAAUAGUUUACCUCACAAGAUGUUUUGAAAGUAAGAAUAUACUAUUUCUAUGCUGUACGAAUCCCUAAGGAAAUCUGUUGUUUUGGAUUCCAAUUGUUCUUCCUCAUACUAUCCAUCAGUAUUGGAAUGCCACUUUAAACACACAGAAAAUUGGCAAAACAAUCCAAAAUUUGGUAGUUAUGUUGUAUAGAACAUGAAACUAUUCGAAACACUGGUCAGCUAGCCCAGGACAUUUAUCUAUCUAGUAUUUUAGACAAUCUGAUUUUGAUCUUUUAUCAUAAUUCUCUAUCAUUUGUUUGCACUGUACCAAUUCUACCUUGAUUUUUCACAAUAAAAUCAGAGCUACUGUUUUUAAA